ACCUUCACCAGGCUAGCCACACGAUGACGCUGCAGCCUUCAUUCAAUCGUUUCAAAAUGUUUUUGUUCUGUAAAAUGAUUUUGCUCUUCGCUUUCCUCGUACAAGCCAGCCUUGCUGACAACGAUGAAAAGCAAGAAGCUGAAACUGUAAUUCUGGUCUCAAUGGAUGGCUUAAGAUGGCAGUACAUUGACGAAGGAUAUGCAAGCACACCAAAUCUCGACCACAUUGCUCGUCAGGGCGUCGUUGCAAAGUACAUCAAGACCGUUGUGCCAAGUAAAACCUGGCCAAAUCAUCAAACCUUCCUGACAGGCCUGUAUCCUGAAAGCCACGGACUGGUCGCCAACACGUUCUGGGAUCCAGUUUAUCAAGAGAAGUUUGUUCUCGAUUACGACUGCGCUAAUUACGAUCCUAAAUUCUACAACGCUUCCGAACCGAUUUGGCUGACUCUGCAGAGGAGUGGCGGGCAAAGCGCGGUGUAUUUCUGGCCGGGAUUCGGGGGAUACCCGCAGAAGCCCACAUUCUACGAAAAGCCAGCAAUCUGUCCCGUCAACUGCAGUGAGGUGGAUUCAAAAGAAUUGCCAAAAAUGAGGAAUACGACUCGCGAUGGUUGGCCACCAUACAUACACUGCAUGGUAAAUCACAGCGAACCAUCGCAGCAACGCAUUGAUAAGAUAAUAAACUGGCUCCAGUCUGACAGCCCUCCGGGGUUUGUUGCAUUGUACAUCGAACAACCCGAUAGCACUGGUCACGGAUUCGGAAUAACCACGCAGCGAUACAAAGACGCCAUGGAAGCAGUGGACCGUGAUACUGUGGGAUACUUGAUAGACAGUCUCAAGGACGCUAACCUCUUCGACAAAGUUAAUGUUAUCUUCGUCAGCGACCACAGCAUGACAGAUACUUCAUCUACCCGGCAAAUUUUCCUUGAAGAUUAUAUCAACCUUGAUGAUAUUCAGCUUGUCGAAGGAGGAGCCGUUGGCCACAUUUGGACCGCUGAUGACAAGAUAAACGAAAUUUACCAAAACCUCACACGCACCAAGAACUCGCACAUGACGGUGUACAAAAAAGAAAACAUUCCUGAAGAAUACCACUGGAAGCACAACCGGAGAAUCCCGCCAAUUUUCGUCGACCCUGAUGUGGGAUGGGUCAUACGAACGUCAAGAGCAACCGUUCGUCAAGGAAAUUGGACCGUUGGGGAUCACGGAUGGCCUGCAGAAAAGUCCAAGAGCUACUCGGUGUUCUUCGCCCAUGGGCCUGCUUUUCAGAAAGGCCUCAAGGUGUCCCCAUUCAACACCGUGGAUCUUUACCCGUUGAUGUGUAAGCUUUUAGGAAUAAAGCCAAAACCGAACAACGGUUCCCUGGAAAAUGUCAAGAUGAUGCUGAAAGAAUAUGCGCAACCUGCUAGCAAGCCAACCAUUAAAGGAAAAGUAUCCAUGUUGGAAUCACAUGUUCCAACCAUCCUCAUCGUGUUGAGUAUAGCAUUUUGUAUCCACAUGGCUGGCUAAGCUUAACUCACACAGGCGUGUCUAGGCAACUGAUCACGAAGUGUUUCAGUCGUUUGAAUCAGUCACAAUUGGCCAGAUUCUUAGCUCGUCCCAGAUUUUCUCGUUCCUCUUAGCCGGCGUGGCCUUGGGGCGAGGAAAAGUUGGCUCCGAAGGCAUAUGAUUUGAAGGGCUAGGUUUUAUGGGGUAUAAGAUUUUCUCUAAAACAACGCUGGUUUCUUUUCCGAAUAUGUUCUCUCAUUAAUCUCUAACAAAACCGUAAGUACGAAUACAGCACUAACAGACCUAACAUAAUUUAGCAAAGCAGGGGAAAUUUAAACAGAGGUAAACCACUGAUCGCGAGUUGCAUUUACCUGUUUGGUUUGUUUGAAAAUCCCCCAAAGGUUUGUAAAUGCUGUACUUGAAGUUAGCGAUCAACCAGUGAUAUUUUUAGGAAAGAAACCAGAGUCUCUCAGAUCAACUCAUGCAUGUGUCAUCAGAGCCACUUUUUCCUCGUGCUCAGGCUCCACCGCGGCUUAGAGGGGCGGGUGGCUCUGGGGACGAGAAUCUAAACACCGGAAGGAGAAAACGCCCACAAAAGCCUGAACUAUAACUAUAACAUCCAGUUUUUCAUUAACGUCUAACUAUUUAUUCUACGCUUAGGAUUUGGACAGCACCAAUAGAACAGUUGUUUGUUGAAGACAGUGUAAUUGAGAUUUUUCAUAGAAAUCGUCGAAAGCUGUGCCGGUUAAACCGUAGAUUGUUCUGUAAAAUAAAAACAAACUUGCAGUCGU